AUGGAAACCGUUCCGACCAUUGGCCAUAAGAGGAGCCGUUCUGCUGCGGACUCCGAGUCCAAUCUGCAGGAAGCGACGUCGGCUGCCAGAGAGACCACUCGUAACGCGCCACGCGUGCUUCUCGUGCACCUGAGCGCUCUUCUUUCCUGCAACGACGCCAUGAUCCGCGUGAUACCUGCGAUCCUCGCGGACAUCCUGCCCGCCAACGACAUCCCCAGCUUCACGGACGAGGACGCCCUCCGUGCCUUCUCCAAGUCUCCCAUUCUGCAGCACAUCCUGCAAGAGCUCGGCGUCCGUCCGUUGUCGUACGACGAGUCAGUCCGUCUUCAGCAAGUCUACUGGCGCAUCUUCUAUGGCCUGGGUGCGCCCCUGAUCACCCUGGCGCCCGGCGCCGGCGAGCUCCUGGACGCUACCAAGCGCCAUGGCCAGAUCGCGCUCGCCGUCGUAGCCCAUAACACCGCCGAGGCCGCGAAGGUGCUUGCGGACGCCGGCGUCGGUCACCUUGUUGAUACCAUUCUCCCGGCGCUUCCGGCUGAGACGUACGCAAGCGAGAAUCCAGACCCCCGAGCCUUCUGGAGCCAUUGGGGCCAAUUCGUGAUGCCCUGGUUUACCGCGUACUGCGACAAAGCUUCUGGAGAGACUGACCAAAAACCGGGGGCCGAUGCUGCCGGAGCGGCCGCUAACGGCAGCACUACCACCCCCAUGACCGACACUCCCAUCCCAAGCGACAACACGAACAAUGAUGCCAGCGAUGAAGCCGGCAGCAGAGCGGAGGCCAGAAACCUCGUCCCCGAGCGCGCCCUGCUCGUCUCGUCCGUGCUGGCGGACCUGAGCGCCGCCAAGGCGAGCAGCGGCAUCCAGACCUGCUGGUUCCGCCGAAUCGACGCUGCUGACCCGCUUGUCACGGGAAGUGCCUCGGGAUCGUUUGAUCUCGUCAUUGGCGGGCUGGACGAGCUACGCGCUCAUCUGUUCGGCGAGGUUGACGGUAGGGGUGGCGAUCACAGUAGCAGCGGUCCGGCGACGCGUUGCAAGGAGGAGGAGGAGAGGGAGAAGAAUCAGAAGAAGGAAGAGGAGGAUGUUGAGGAUGUGAGGGAGCAGGAGAAAGAUGAGAUGAUGGGGGAUUGUUGA